GCUCACAAGUAAGGGUAAAAGCUAACAAGUGCUCCCUGAGUUUACAUAUUUACAGUGACAUAUCGUAUAUAGUAACUUUAUAAAGUUUUCGUGAAUAAUUGUUGAAAAAAAAAUUUAAAGUGAUUGGGUUUUUGUAUAGUGCUUUAAAGGAUUUAGAGAUUAGAGGAUCUAAGAAAAUGAAAACAGAAGAAAAAAAUAACAUGCCUAAAGUCCGCGUAGCAGUCAUAGGGAAGUCCAACGUAGGCAAAUCAGCUUUGACGGUUAGAUAUCUAACAAGAAGAUAUAUAGGAGAAUAUAGAAGUAAUAUAGAUUUGCUGUAUCGUCAGACCCUGACAGUAAACAACGCAUCUUUGGACGUGGAAAUCGUAGAUGUGUGCAGCUGCGACAUGCAGAUGUUUCCCGAGGAGGCCAUUCAUUGGGCCGAUGCCUGCGUGAUCGUGUACGACAUAACCUGCAGGACCUCGUUUAAUCAGGCCAGCGACAUGUUGCAACGCGUGUUGCAACUCAGAACGCAGAUUCCGACGGUGUUGUUAGGGAACAAGGCAGAUCUCGAGCAUCUCAGACAGAUCGAUGAAGUAGAAGGACGCUCCCUAGCUGCGAAACACAACCUCCAAUUCUACGAAGUCUCCGUGGCCGAAAACACCACGCAAAUUUACACGGCGUUCGAUUUGAUAUUGAACAUGUGCAGGACCAACCACGCCGCGCAGAAAACCAGAAAAUUCUCCGUUUCGAAAAUGAUCGGAACGCUCAUCGGCAACACCAACAGCAAAGUUAUACAGAACUCUAAUCAGGGCGGCACGGUGGUCGUGUGCCACAAAAGCGAUCUCUACAAAUCCAGAGUCCUCAGAAGAAGGCAGAACUUCACGGCCACUGCGUCCCUGUGACUAUCGGGGAAGGAAGAGCAGGAUGCUCGUUAAUUUUGAUGAUUCUUGGAAAUUUUGACGACCGUCAAAAGAAUGUUUCUCAGUUCUAUGAGAAGUUGGAGAUAUUAUGAGAGUUUAUUCGAUCUCUAUUUAUGCGCAAAAUAUCUUAUAAGAUACGAGAUACAUCACUUGAUUUGUUUUAGAAUCCCUUUAAUAUUUUGCAAUAAGCAGCAUGAUUGUUGUAUUAGCCUAUAGAUAGUAAUUUUU